UGUCGCCUGUUACUGCAGAGAACAUCUCUGCCUGCCUGCCUGCCUGCCUGGAGCGCUCUCUGCAAACCCUCUCUGUUGUGGCAUCGCAUCCUCUGCACAGUUUCGCAGCCUCUGUGCUUUGACAAAGCCUCUUUGCGCUUCCUGCAAAGCUGGGGGGAGGCUUAAGGGGGGGCCUGGAGGCGGCUGACUCCAAAGCCGGUGGCAGGAGCCGAAGCAGGCAGGCUGGCAGAGACUCUUGGGAUGGCAUCUCCCUUGCCUGCAGAGAAAGUCCUAGGGCAAAACUGCCAGCUUCCCAGCUCACCUUUCCCGUCUCAGAUGCCACCCAGGAGCAGAAAUGCGGUGCUGAGGGCACUGCGGAGAGCUGGUUGGUAGGACUUGGCACCAGCCAGGGAAGGAAACGAAACCGGGCAGUCUUUUCUUCUCUCUCCUUUCAAGGACAUGUGCAGGUAAUGACAGACAGAGAACACCUGAUGAAUCACCCACAAAGAUGCCACGUUGUGGAUGAGAACAUCUCUGCAUCUGUGGUUUGCCCAAAGGGCUGGGUGGAGCCAACCUUCACACUCGCUGCCAAAGCUCGAGUUGUCAUCACGGGCUGCUUCUUCGUCAUUGCAGCAUGCAGCAACCUUGCCGUCUUGUACAGCGUCACGAGAAAGAGACGGAAGUCCCACGUCCAGCUGCUCAUCCUGAGCCUGACCGUGGCCGACUUGCUGGUCACUAUGACCGUCAUGCCCCUGGACGCUGUGUGGAAUAUCACGGUCCAGUGGUACGCUGGCGAUGCCCUGUGCAGGUUCCUGAACUUCCUCAAGCUCUUUGCCAUGUACUCAGCCGCCCUGGUGCUGGUGGUGAUCAGCUUGGACCGGCACUCUGCCAUCCUGCACCCCUUUUCGUUUGCUAACUCCAGCCGCCGCAACCGGAUCAUGCUCUCUGUCGCGUGGAUCCUCAGUGUCCUGCUGGCCGCUCCCCAGCUUUUCCUUUUCCACCUGUACACCAUCCCGGGCGUCAAUUUCACCCAGUGCGUGACACAUGGGAGUUUCAGAGAGCACUGGCAGGAGACCACCUACAACAUGUUCACUUUCACCACCCUCUAUGUCACCCCGCUGACCGUGAUGGUCGUCUGCUAUGUCCGCAUCUUAUUUGAGAUCAGCAAGCAGCUGAAAAUUAACAAAGGUCUCGCCAGAGGGAAGGACGACCACAUCUCCAAGGCCAGAAUGAAGACACUCCGAAUGACGGUUGUGAUUGUGGCUUCUUUCAUCGUUUGCUGGACCCCUUAUUACCUCCUGGGCUUGUGGUACUGGUUCCAGCCUGACAUGAUCCGCAGAAUGCCGGAGUACAUCAACCACUUCCUCUUCCUCUUCGGCCUGCUGCACACUUGUACAGAUCCCAUCGUCUACGGCCUUUACACCCCAUCCUUUCGAGAGGACAUGAAACUGUGCAUCAGGAACCUGAAAGCGACAGUGGCCCACCAGGAGAAAAAACUUGCAUCUGUUUCAGAGAUGAACCAUAAAGACUCUCAUGACCAGGGUCAGGUGCCGUCAAGUGUUUCCAACGGAGGGACUAUGCACACUGUGUUCUAGAGGGGAAAACCCUCUGGGAGGGAUGAAACUCAGGGCGAGCUCACUUAUGCAGGCAGAACACCUGAAUUGCUACACCUGUCUUAACUGUGCACUUGAGGACUAAAUGCCUGGAUCAACUCUCUUAAGCUGCAGGUUUAAGGUGAUCUAGGGAUAUAGGAGGGUGCCUGAUCCCAAGUCACACACUUGGUGAAUACGGCACAGUAUCGUCCGCAUUUACCAGUAGCAGCUCUCCAAUAUUUCAGGCAGGGAUUGCCGCCAACUGUGCUUGGAGAUGACUGGGACUGGAACCCGGGGCCGUCUGGAUGCAAAGCAGAUGCUCUGCCACUGAGAUAAUGGGUCAAACAGUUCCUGCACACACAAGUCACCAGUUUAUGCCACAGGCAUCAAGCGAUGGACAGGCAUGUAUGAAGCAGGCCCUGGCAAACACUG